AUGCCGGAUGAUGACGAUGAGGACGAGAUUGUCAUCAUCGAAGCAGAAAACGAUGAACCCGCUGAGCUAGUCGAGGAUAACACGGUCGUCAGUGAAAAUUCAAGACUGUACGUCAAUGCCGCUAUUCGGUGGAGAAGGAUCUUUCAACUGAUUGAGAAUAUUCGAGUUAGUGAAGACGACGAGGACCGAGCAGUCGACCUUAUUAUGAGUCAAGUCGUUCAUCGACGAGCUCUUGAACACUUGGAGACGCGAAAAGUUGUACACAUGACCUACCCAGAAAGGGACAGAGAACUCUCUCAGAGCAGAGAACUCUCUCAGAGCAGAGAACUCUCUCAGAGCAGAGAACUCUCUCAGAGCAGAGAACUCUCUCAGAGCAGAGAACUCUCUCAGAGCAGAGCAGUCACCCAAGACCGGGAAGGGGGUCGCAGAGAAGCCGAAGCCGGUCAAGUGGAGACAAGUGCAGAGUCAAACAAACGCCAGUUUCAAAUUCGGGUUUUGGAGACCGUUCCCGCAACAGAUAUCGACCGGUUGCAAGCGCCACGGAACGAAACUAGAUUUGGGAAGAGCACUGUCAGCCCCGAGGGCUGUCCUGUGGAAGGAGACCAGACCCUCGUGAAAGACGGGUUGGCGAAGGACGGGUUGGCGAAGGACGGGUUGGCGAAGGACGGGUUGGUGAAGGACGGGUUGGCGACGGAAGGCCAGAAGCUCACCGCAGAAGACCCCAACCUGAAUGGUGAAGGCCCGAACCUAGGUGGUGGAGACCCGAGCCUGAGUGACGGAACGACGAGUCCUCCGAUUGUCGAGCAGUUUCCUGGACUGGAUGUGCUGUACGCUCUGAGCGGGGGGGAGAGCGAGAGACUGGGUAGUCGUGGCUUUACCCACGGCACGACUUAUGUCCCUUUGUCUCGACUAGAUAAACAGCCCGCAGCCAGCGAUAGCUCGGGCAGUGUAGCUACGCCGUUUUGGAACAUGUCAGUGUGUUGUGUGUGUGAACAGAAAUGCGGGCAGUCGUGCCCCGAGGGUCCGGGUGGUGGUGGGGUAACGAAGUGCGGUCACGUGAUUUGUGCGAAAUGUUCUCGAAGGCCGGGGGUGCUUCGCUGUGGCUUCUGUGGCACUCGCUUUAUGAGCAAGACCACCCAUAAAAUCUACAUCUGA